UAGAUCAGUCAGUUGGCUGUCGCCUGUCGUAGUUUUGAUCCUCUCGAACACGGCCAAUAACAGCUACAAGGAAUUGGGGUGGGGGGGCAUAUGAGGGGAUGCAUGUAAGGUAGAAGUAGCAGAUCUGGAAUCUGUUUUGCGUCCGCUCAACAAAGACCUGUUCGUACUGGUUGGCUGCAAGAAACUGCCCCUUUUACAGUCGUGUGAAUGAGAUGGGAAUCUCAUUUGUUGUCUCUGCAAAGAGGGCGUUUCGGCAAUGAAGUAAUCUCGCGGACGGUAUGCAAUAUGGAGAAUUGAUACUGUAGUGUUUGUCUGGGCAGUAUUUUUACAAGUACAUGUAGCUUUAUAAAAAAUAUCAACAUAGGCAUUUCAGGGUCUGUGUAUUCGUAUAACCGAACACAGAGUAGUUAGGCGUAUCGUUGUUGGUGGAUUAAAACCGGGAGGAAUGGCAGCUAACCUUGCUACGGGGAGUGUACGGUACGGGUAGACAUUUCACAAUAGUGGAGAUUUGCUGCAACGUCGCUGCAAGUACUGAUCAGUGAAGUCUACUGCAAUUAUGGAUCAUCACCAUCAGCAACUUCAUCACACCCAAGGAAACAUGUCACCGUCGUAUGUUCCGAGGAAGAGGAAGGCUUCUCAGCCAAAACAAAAAAGUGGUGUUCCACUAUCAGCUAUCCCGAGGAUGACAGAUAUGAGUGUGAUGAGUAUGAUUGGUGUUCCACCUAAGAAUGAUGACCCCCAUGCCCAGGCGACCCAGAAGAUGAAAAGAACAUAUGGCAGAAAAAGGUAUGAGGAUCUGCAGAAUGUUUCCCUGGGUUCCGGUGUGGAAGACUCCACCAGUGAGACUUCUUGCUGCUCCGUGGUGUCCUCCAGCCUAGCUGUAGCCAACGGAGAGCUGCCGCCCCCUCCUCCCUCUGCCAGACUGCCUCACAGGCUGGUGGCAAAAGACUGCUGGCCCAUUCAGGCUCCAGACACAGUCAGGUCCCAGGGCCGGGGUCAGGAACCACCUCUCCCCUCAGAUUUUGCCGCAAAAAAAAUGCGGAGAGCUGAGGUGGACAACAGCACAUCUUCUGUUAACAAUUUCCCUCUUGAAGUGAGACAGUCAGCUCCAGUUCCUGUUGGAUGUAGCCAUGUCCACAGCCACGUCCAGAGUGAUCACCCAAUGGGAAGUGGGCAUGUCCAGUGUAAUAACUCAAUGGGAGGUGGGCAUGUCCAAUGUAAUCACCCAAUGGGAAGUGGGCACGUCCAAUGUAAUCACCCAAUGGGAAGUGGGCACGGCCAGUGUAAUCACCCUAUGGGAAGUGGGCACGGCCAGUGUAAUCACCCUAUGGGAAGUGGGCAUGGCCAGUGUAAUCACCCAAUGGGAAGUGGGCAUGGCCAGUGUAAUCACCCAAUGGGAAGUGGACACAGCCACGUCCACAGUACUCACUUGCUUGGAGGUGGACAUGUCCACAGUCAUGUCCAAAAUGAUCACUCGAUUGGAGGUGGUCAUGUCCAAUGUAAUCACUCUCUUGGAUGUGGACAUCUCCAGAGCAAUUACCCUGUUGGAGGUGGACUUGUCCAGAGCAGUUACUCUGUUGUAGAUGGGCAUGUCCAAAGCAGUCACUCUAUUGGAGGCGUAACUGUCCAGAGCAGUCACAGUCAACCAGCAGAGCCUACCAAGGAAGAGAAGCCUAAAGUCUUCACGUUCUCAACCAAAAAGGAACCUCCCAUCUACCCCCCAGGGAGUCAGGAGGAGAGGUGGCAGCUGAUGAUUCUGGGGAAAGGACGAGUCACGUGCCCUAAGUGUAAAAGUGUGAGCAGGAAGACUGUGGAUGGACUGAAGAAACACAUGGAGAGCUGCAGAGUGAAUCCCUUCACCUGCCAGCAAUGCGGGAAACAACUGAAGUCUUCUACAGGAAUGAAGUACCACAUCAUGGCCGACCACAAUAACCUGCCAUCGCCAGAUGACAUAAAUGGCCUGGAUGACCAGGCCGUGAAGGAAAAAUUGAGGAAGGUACUGAAAAGGAUGGGCAAAUUAAAAUGCUCUAAAGAGGGCUGUACCGGUAGUUUCACCAGCAUCAUGGGCUACCUGUACCACAUGAAGAAGUGUGGGAAAGAAGAGUCCGAGCUGGAGAAGCUGCUCCUCAAUUGCCAACAUUGUGGAAAGGUCUACAAGUCCAAAGCAGGCCUGGAGUACCACCUGAAGUCAGAGCACGCGCCAGUGCCCCAGAAGACUGAGGCGGAGGAGGAGGAGGUCAAGGCCCAGAGAGAGCCCAAUCCUGAGAGGACAUCCAGUGGCCGGGUGAAACGCAUGUCAGCCCAGGUGGCCGUUUUCCACCUCCAGGAGAUCGCUAAUGAUGAACUGGCCAAGGAGUGGCCCAAGAGGAAGGUCAUUGGUGACCUGGUCCCCGACGAUAAAAAGUUGAGGUAUGCCAGGCCAGGGCUGCCAGCCUUCAGUCAGGAGGUACUUCGGAAGUGGAAAAACGAAGUGAAGCUGCAAAAGAAAGUCCAGUGCCCAAACCUGGGCUGUGGUUCUGUUUACACCAGUGUGUCUGGGCUAAAGGCUCACCUCGGUCUCUGUGGAAGGGGGGAUUUCGAAGCAGGGAAAUACAAAUGCCUGAUCUGUAAGAAAGAGUUCAACUCAGAAAGCGGGGUGAAGUACCACAUCAACUCUGUCCACUCCCAGGACUGGUUUGCGGUGACCUCAAAAUCCAAGAACUGCGAUAAAGUUCUGAAGACCAAGCCCAAGGAGCACAGCGCUGUGGACAACCCCACGGACCAGCUCCAUCCCCAGCACCAGACCCUCCAUGUCUUCACCCCCAUCUUGGAGCCCUGGCAGGACUUGCAGGUGGGACCCCCGCCAGCAGUGCCUGAAUCGGCCCUGCAGGCUAAACCUGAAGCCACUGAGGGGAGGAGGAGAGAUAGGGGGAAGGGGAGAGGAAAGGAGAAGGACUGCUAUGACUUCACUGGGAGUGACCACUCCAGCAGUAGCAGCAGUGCCAGCUCCAGUAGCGAAUCAGAGACAGAGGAGCCUGAGGGCCAGAGACACAACGUCGACCAAUGGGCACUUCAGAGGCCCAGCAUCAUCGAGACCCACCCUGAAGCUGCCAAGCAAUCCAGAAACAACCCCUAGGUUGUCCAGGAGGGUGCAGCGUUCUAGAACGUCCAGAUGCUUUCAGAAAUGCUUUGUGCAUUGCUCAUGGGUGUGUAGUUCGUGUUUCAACUGUAACUAUGAGGUCAUCUUUGCCAACUUUGAAUGUGUCUUAUUUUAUUAAGUUUGAUAACUAUAUAUUUUUUUUCGGAUAUGUUUACUAAAACCUGUUUUUUAACCUAUAUUAUUAGUUGGCUUGUGCUCCUCGAUUCAGACUGUGCUUAGUGUAUGGAGCUAUUAUUUCAUACAAGUCCUUAUUAAUCCUUACAUGUUAUCAGACCUCUUCUUAAAAUACGUAUUUAACCAAUAGCAUGUGGUGUUAAUGUAAUCUGCAUUUUAUAUAUUGGCUAGUGAAAUAUGGUAACGCAGGAUGAAUUUGAGAUCCAGUGAUUGUUGAUUAUAGUAGUCAUUGAUGUUUCAACGCUGCAUUGUUUGUUGAUGUACAGUCCAGAUGGAAAUAGAUGCAGUGGUCAUUUCACUUAGUUCCACUGUACUGCCCCUGUACUGUACUGUUUCUGCAUAUGUAUGAAUGUAUUUUUUUGUCCAAGCAUUUUGUUCUUCUCCUGUUAAUAUUUUUGUGUCAGUGCACUUCAAUUUAAGCAGUUUUUUUUAUAGAUUAUUUUUAUUUAAUUUUCAUUAAUGAAGCUGCCCUAAAAACGUUAAUGAUCUCUAACAAAUGAUGUUAUUUGAUGCCUUGUAAAGUGUUACUAAGACAACCAAUAUAUUUUAUUUCAGCAUUUCUACUCCUGUCCAUUAUUGCUGUGACAAAAACAAGACCAAAGUGCAUGCACUUUUAUAAUGAUUGGAAAAAACCUCUCAGUCUAAUGAUGAAAUAAUUCCCAUAACCCAACCUUGCAAAAAAUAGCAAGCGUGCCUCAGUUUUGUCUGAUAUAAACUGAGUGGUUUGGGUCCUGAAUGCUAAUCAGCUGACACCUGUGAUAACACAACGUCUUUGUUUACAGUUGUUAUUACAAUGAUAACCAGUUUAUAAUAGCAAUAAGGCAUCUAUUGGGAUUUUGUAAACAGUAUGACUAAUUCACCACAGCUAACCACAGCUGUGGUAUAUUCAGAGACUGAAGAAAAAGUAAGACCUGUUUAGAGCCAAACUGUGCAACAGUUAAUCAAAUCCACUCAUUCAAGAAAGGCCUCAUUGGGUGUGGUAUAUGGCCUAUUUGUUGUCAAGAACUAGGCUGUUCAACGACAACAUAAUUUAAAGGCAAGGUAAUUAAAACAAAAAGGCAGAAAGGGAUAUGAUAUAUGACCAAUUAACAUGCCUGGCUGUAGCCUUAUCUGUGGUAUAUUGGCUGUAAACUAUAAACCCCUGUGGUGUCUUACUGCUAUUAGAAACUAGCUGGUUUGAACCUGGCUGAUUGGCUAAACGUCAUUGUAUAUCUUUCAUUGUAUACUGUUCUGAUUGCUUUCUUAACCAGUUUACAAGGGCACAUUGGCUGUGUCUCGGUACUUAGCAUUACAUAUUGUGUAAGAACAGCCUUAGCCAUGUACCACACCCCCUAUUGACUUAUUGCUGAAUGAAUUCACGUUUUGUGUACAUUUUUAUGGGAAAAACUGUUGUUUCAAGAAUACAAAAAAAUGCAUUAUAGUUUUUUUAUAUAAGUACUGUAAUGGGCUGCUAUUUUUAACUGCCAGCAGUGGUAUAUCAACAGGUGAAAUAAAAUAUUUACAUAUGCUA